AUGGAAUUUCGACGACUAACAGCAGACCAUCGGCACAACUUGACUCUUGAAGAUUUUAGGAGAUCUCGUGCCUGGGUGGGCAAUGAGAUGCGAUUGUCGAAACUUUUCCAGAAGUUAUCCGCCAAAACGAACCCAGUGUCUACUGUCGUUUAUGGCGGAUCCAUUUCCAUGGGUCAUGGUCUGGCGGAUGGAUCUCUAAAGUACCUCAACGAGCUGGAAAAGUGGAUGAACACCGAGUUCCCUCUGCAAUCAGCCAAGCAUAAAGUGUACUCUAGAGCUGGACAUGGUGCUGAUAUGUGUUAUGUGGCAAAACGAUUGAUGACUAUGAUCGAAGACAUACCAGCUGGUCAACAAGUUGACUUAUUCCUUUUAGAGUUUGGGGUGAACGACUACCAAGGUCAAGAUCACAAAAUUCAUAUCGACCACAAGACCGAUGUAUUCUUUGACGGAUUCCAACGACUGGCUAUCUGUGCAGAAGCGGUGGUGCGAAGGCUCUUGGAAGCGUAUCCCAAUGCAGCGAUCGUGUUUCUGGAGUUCCAAACAGCAAUAUUGAAUCGCAAAACAGCUCAGCUUUUGCAUCUUGGAGUUGCACAACACUACCAGAUCCCUGUAAUCUCUUAUUCAGAGGCAUUAUUUCCUGGAUUCUAUCGAUUGAUAAACUUGUUGGAGCCCUUUGAUUAUUCCCGACCAGCGAAUGAUACUGUUGCACCGUUUCCACAUGGAUGCGCGCCUUGCCUAGCAGAACAAAUUACUCGGUCCUUUCGAGACAAGGGCUGCAAAUCCCUUUGUGUAUUCAUGAAACGAAGUGGCCGAAACUGCAACGAUAACCCACCAAAAGGUCGAGAACAAUGUUUCCUACCCUAUUUUGCCCACGACGCAGUACACCCCUCAAUGAUGGGCCAUCAAAUUGCCAAAGACUUGAUUGUCAAUGCUAUUGCGCAAGUUGGACAUGACCAUUGUCGCGGAGAACCCCCUACUGAUCACGUGCUCCCACUGACCACAUGGUUGGGAUCUCCGAAUCAACUAGAUUCAAUGACCAAUUUUGUAAUGGUGAAGGAUACCAUGGGAGUCUACAGCACUCAAGAUCCUUUGGUCUCCACCAAUCAUUCCAAGGGAUUCAGACUAUAUGGCGACCAACUGGCCGAACGAAAAGGCUGGAUAUCUACCAAUGAAGAGGGCGGUGACUACAUUGAGUUCGACAUUGAUCUGGUGGAUGGCUGCUACGAAAUUGUCAUGAGCAUUCUCAAGUCGUAUGAGGGGAUGGGUAUUGUCACGAUUGACUUGCUGGAUAAAACAACGAAAUCACAGAUCAACUCGGUGACAGAAGAUGGGAAUUGGAGCCCUAAAAUAUCAAUACCAGCUGAUAUUCUUCUGACAAAUGGCAAGGAGAAGAAGACAUGUAGUGGAAAGUGCAAAGUCGUUGUGAAAACGCAUUCAAUCGUCUCGGGUCGAAACCGAAACAAAGUCAAGAUCGUGUCAUUGGCAGCACAAGCUUGUGCCACCAGAUCGUCGUGA